AUGCUACAGCAUGUUCUGUCAAGAGCAAUAGCAGGCUAUACACGCCAUGUCCCUCUAUCCAGAGUCCAGCUUCUGGGUCAGGCCCACAGCAUUGUCACCGUAACAACCUGCCUGCAGGGAAGCCAUCGAGCUACACCCAUCCGUAAAAUACAUUCUACUCAAUCUCCAAGGCCGUCGUCGACUCACACUAAUGGGAAUGAUACCAUUUACGCGCUCUCCACGGCUCCUGGCAGGGCUGGGAUAGCCAUUGUUAGGAUAUCGGGUCCUGGCUGUCUCGAGAUAUACUCGGCGCUCUGUCCCGGUAAAUGGAAUCCAAAGCAUCGGUAUGCAGGUGUACGAACCCUCUACGAUCCCUCAUCUACCACGCUAAAUAUCCUCGACACCGACGCGCUGGUAAUCCGUUUCGAGGCUCCGAAAACUGUGACGGGCGAAGAUGUCAUGGAAUUGCACGUACACGGGGGCCCGGCGACGGUCAAAGCAGUGUUAUCAGCCAUCCCCCGAUGCAAAACAAGUAGUCCCGUCCGGUAUGCGGAACCGGGCGAGUUUACUAGACGGGCGUUUGAGAAUAACAGGCUUGAUUUGGCACAGGUGGAGGCGUUGAGCGAUACGCUGUCUGCGGAGACGGAACAGCAGCGUCGGGCAGCUGUACGAGGAAACUCGAAGGUACUAGGUCGCACUUAUGAAGGGUGGCGGCAACAAUUGUUGGCUGCGCGCGGGGAGAUGGAAGCAUUGAUCGAUUUUUCAGAGGACCAGCAUUUCGACGAGUCGCCAGCGGAGCUGUUGUCGAGUAUCUCGGCUCAGGUGAACACCAUGCUUCAAUCGAUCGAACACCAUGAGUCCGCGAGCCAUCGUGGAGAACUCCUAAAAAGAGGCAUCCGGAUAUCGCUGCUUGGACCACCGAACGCGGGGAAGAGCUCGCUGCUUAACCAGAUUGUUGGGCGCGAAGCUUCGAUUGUUAGUCAAGAAGCCGGGACGACUAGGGAUAUCGUCGAAGUCAGUCUCGAUAUUCGAGGGUAUCUCUGCACUUUCGCCGACACCGCCGGACUGCGUACAGAGUCCACACCACAUCCAGGGAGGAAAUUAGAACCUGUGGUCAUUGGGGUAAUCGAGCGAGAAGGUAUCCGCCGUGCCAAAGAAAAAGCCAGCGAAUCCGACCUAAUUAUCGCCCUGGCGUCCGUUGAGCCCCUCCCGCAUGGCAAAGGCUGGUAUAUACACUACGACGCCGAGACCAUAAACCUAGCCUCGAGCGCCUCACGCGCCGUCCUCGUAGUCAACAAAUGUGACCGACUCUCCAAGGACAAACUCAUGGAUCUCCUCGCCGAUUUCAAAUCAGAGGUUGGCGCUAAGGCGGACAACACCCCGCUUGUCACCAUAUCGUGCCACGAUGCGUUGGAAAAGAGCGGGGUCAAUGAGAAGGAUCCUGGGAACAUCCACUAUCUAAUGACGCAGCUUGUAGAAGUUUUUAAGAAUAUGACCGGUCUGCCAAUGGAAAUGCAGGAUCUUCUCGGCGUUACCGAACGACAGCGUCAGCUACUAUCUGCUUGUUCUGAGCAUCUUGACGACUUUUUGGAGGAGGGGAAGGAGAGGGAUGGCCGGGAAUGCGAUAUCGUGGUAGCGGCAGAGCAUCUGCGCUCUGCUGCCAACUGCCUCGCGCGUGUUACCGGCAGAGGCGAUGCUGGGGAUGUGGAGGAAGUGUUAGGCGUAGUAUUUGAGAAGUAA